AUUUAUUAUUUUGUGGGUGUAUAUGAAUGCAUAUAUUUAAUAUUUAACAACAGUCCUUGAAUUAUCUUUGUUGGUUAGUAACUGCAUUUAAAUUGCAUUGCAUUUUGAUUAGGUGGCAGCACUCUCCAUUUUGAUUACAAAAUCGACAUCAGCGCGUACAGUCGAACGGAAGAAAAUAUUUGAUACUAAUUUAAAUUUGAAUUUCAAUUAAUGCAUUUUUUUUAACAUGAUAAACGUGUAAUUUUAGAAAAAUUAAAUUUCUGAUAAAAUUAUAUUUUAGGAACUGAGCUAUAAAUAGGAAAAUUUCUGGAUUAAACUAAGCAGUGCUGCGUAAAUAGAUGUUUCGUAUGAUCCAACAUAGGGCGAUCUUACAGUUGCUUUGUGUUAUCGUUGGAAAACUACGCACCGAUAGUUAGGUCAAUGACAUAUGUGACAGCAUUACUAAGUUGCUCGAGAAGUCUGAUUCAUUUUAAUUAGUAACUUGAAUCAAAAUGCCCGAGCAAAAUUCAAACGACCAAUAUUCUUCAUGGGUCGGACUCAUAUAUAUUUUCAAUUUAAUUGUUGGCACAGGAGCUUUAACAUUACCCGCUGUUUUCAGUAAAGCAGGAUGGGCUCUCGGAUUGAGCGUUAUUUUAAUAUUAGCGUUUAUAAGCUUUAUCACAGUUACAUUUGUCAUCGAGGUGAUGGCAUCUGCCAAUGCUAUUGUAACUUGGCGACAUAUUCAGCAUCGAAAACGUGUAUGUUUCACUCAAGAUUCGUCUUUCAACGAAUCAGAAUCUGAGAUGCUUCAGACAUUGGGAGAAUCUGGUCCUUCAAAUUCUGACUCAGAAGACACUCCUCUUGUUACACCAUUCUCCAGUAGCCCUGAUCGUGCAGAUAUGACAUAUCGAUAUUAUGUAAUUCGCGAUAAAAUAGAAAUGGGACAGAUGGCAUCAAUUUUUUUUAAUAAGUUUGGUAUAACUCUGUUUUAUAUAUGUUUUGCUGUAUACCUUUAUGGAGAUUUGAGCAUUUAUGGAGCAGCUGUUGCAAAAACUUUAGCCGAUGUUGCUUGUACUUAUCAACCACUAAAUUUUACUUGUAAUGAUACCAUACCAGAUACUGAGCUCUGUUGGGAAGAGUAUUCUGUAAAUCGGCAAGAUGCAUAUAGGAUAUUCCUUAGUAUGUUCGUAUUCUUAUUGGGACCUUUUGUAUUUUUCAAUAUUCAAAGAACCAAGUAUCUUCAAUUUUUAACAUCAGGAAUGAGAUGGCUUGCAUUUACAAUAAUGAUUGUGUAUGCUGUAAAAAAUUUAAUCAUUCAUGGGGCACAAGGAAAUCCUCCAACAGCAAAUAUCAUGGGUAUACCUAGUUUAUUUGGUGCUUGUAUCUAUUCUUUUAUGUGUCAUCAUUCUCUACCUGCUUUGGUAGCCCCAAUAGCAAAUAAGUCUACUUUAAAUCGAUUUAUGGCAUUGGAUUAUUUCUUAAUAGCAUUUUUUUAUCUUUUAUUAGCAUUAACCGGAGCAUUUGCUUUUGAGCAUUUGGAUGAUCUUUACACUUUAGAUUUUAGCCCCCGUGGCUCCGGUGAUUGUUCCAAAAGUAAUAAUAUUUUUAUCGUUCUUAUAGAGUAUUUUCUGGCACUUUUUCCAGUAUUCACAUUGAGUACCAGUUUCCCAAUUAUAGCUAUUACUCUUAGAAAUAAUUUACAAUCGUUGUUCCUUCACGAGGACACAUCCUAUUCGUGUCUUUACAAACUUGUCUUCCCAAUAUUGGCGAUACUGCCUCCGUAUAUGAUCGCCAUGAGUACUAAAGAUUUAUCAAUAUUAGUAGGGAUUACGGGGUCGUACGCUGGUGCAGGAAUACAGUAUUUGAUUCCAACAGUGUUGGUGUAUUACGCUAGACAAAAGACAAAUAAAGUUAUAGGUCUUGGUGUUGUUAAUAAAUUCGCGAGUCCAUUUUCUAAUAAUUGCUGGCUCGUAUUUGUUAUAGCUUGGGCCAUUACGUGCAUGGUUUUAGUAUCAGUCAAUUUCAUACAGAUACAUUUACAAUCUACAGGUUUAAAGUUAUAAAAUUUACAAUCAAAAAUAUUGCAACAAGAAAGAGAAACAAAGAAUUUAAUGUUGCACUAUUAAUUAGUCUCUUUUCAAAAUUAUUUAAAUCUAGCAUGUAUAAAAUAUCAUUCGCCGGGACUGAAUUUUCAGCAGGAUAUUAAUUAUUAUAUUAAUAAUUUCAAUACAAACGUAAAAAAUAUUUAAAAUUUUUAACACUAACUUUAGUCAAAAGUUACCAACGAGUAAAAAGAUCUAAAAUUAUAUUUGUAAUUACUAUAGUUAUAGAGUAUACUAUAGAUAAACAAUUAAUGUUAAUGGUAGGGUAUUUUUAUUUGAUUUUUAAUACUCUUGGCACCAUUAUUAAAAGAAUGUAAUAGUGAGGGUAAUAAUAUUAAUAAUAUUGCAGUCGAGUUCCUAUAUCCGCGGAUUCAGUAUCUAUGGACGUGUGUGAUAUCCUCUUGGAGUUGUAAAAUCCAAGAGAAAAAGAAACAAAGUAUACUAUAAGUAUAAGUACAAUGUAUUAUGCAGUACAUUUUAUUAUUAUUUUAUUUAAUGUUGCUACUGGACAAAUUUAAUUUCUAAGUUCGGUAUUAUUCGAGGUUCACGUCUAUUUCGUUCGUUCUGCGCAUGUUAAUUCUGAUUGGCUCAAGCAUGCUUCAUCUGCGCAUGCGCGUAGUAUCUGCGCAGCAUAUUUGGCGCUCUUAUAUUCAGUAUUCUCUUCGACCUUCGACGGUGUCAUUUGCUUUCUCUGUUCAUAUAUUUUUGUUCACCGUGUAUCUAACCAAAAAGUGCCGCGAAAUGCCAGAAGUAGGAGUAGAGGGCCUUCCUGAGCUGCGCGAAACAGGUAUGUUCUUUCGUUGAACGAAUAAUAACGAUUAGGCAUUAGAAUGUAAUACCCGCGGAUACUGGGGCCCGGCUGUACUUUGUGACAGAAUGCGUCACAUUAAAACUGACAAUAUGCUGGCACAAGUCAGGAAUAAUCUUGUACAAGCCAAAUGAAUAAUCUUAAUUUAAGUUUUAAACUUUUGUAUGAUAUAUCCUUCAUAUUUUGUAUACAUAUUUUUAUUUAGUAGAUAUCUGUUGGUACAGUUUCUACUGUACAUGAAAUGUCUUUCAAGUAGGUGAUAUUUGGUGGCCAACUAGUAAUGUUUUGCCCACUAUUAAAUGGUAUGAAGGUAUAUUUCAAACUAUGAAGUUACAUAACUAAUAAAUCGAUUUAAUAUUUGAAUGCCUAUUUAGUGCUUCUUAAGCAGAUUCAGUUCAGCAAUAUUUUAGCACAUUUUAUUUAAAGUAUUCACAAGAAAAUACUGUACAGAUUAAACGAAUAUUGUUAAUUAGAUAAAAUUUAAUUUAUAUAUCUGAAAACAUAUUUUUAUAUACCAUACACAACUGCCAACAAAGUAUUCAAAGUAUGCCUCUCAUACCAUGUACCUGUGUAAGUGUAAUAUACAAUAAGUAAAAUAUGUAUACAUAUAUUUUCUAAAGGUAAAUGAAUAAAAAUAAAGAAGUGAUUAUAUAA